AUGACUAAACUUACCGACCCCAACAUCGAGCUUGGAGUAGACGAGAAGCCCACUGGCGUUCACCAUGAACGCAUCCAGUUGCUUGCCAACUUGCCUGACCCUGAUGCUGGUAAAAGCGACGAGGAACGCGCUGAGAUUGACCGAAAGCUCAUGUGGAAAGUCGACCUCUGGCUUAUCCCCUGGCUGUCCCUCCUCUAUCUUCUCUCGUUCCUCGAUCGAACCAAUAUCGGCAACGCCCGACUCGCUGGCAUGGAACUUGAUCUCAACAUGUCAGGAACCGACUACAACCUGUCCUUGACCAUCUUCUUCAUCAGCUAUGCUGUUUUCGAGCCCCUUACGAACGCCCUUCUGAAGCGGCUUACACCUCGAAUCUUCUUUACCAUCAUUAUUGUCGUCUGGGGUAUCAUCAUGACCCUGAUGGGUCUUGUUACAAACUUCAAGGGCCUUCUCGCUGCACGUUGGUUUCUCGGCGUCGCGGAAGCUGGUCUAUUCCCAGGCGUGAACUACUACCUGUCCUGCUGGUAUAAGGGAUCAGAAAUCGGCGCCCGAUCCGCUGUCUUCUUUUCUGCGGCUGCUCUUGCAGGUUCUUUUGGUGGUCUUCUCGCUGCUGCUAUCGCCAAGAUGGAUGGCAUCGGCGGCAAGCCAGGCUGGGCAUGGAUUUUCAUCAUUGAAGGUCUCGCCACAACUUUCGUCGGUUUCUUCUGCUGGUGGAUGGUCUUUGAUUGGCCCGAGAACGCUCGCUUUCUCUCACCAGACGACCGAGUUCGGGUCCAGCGACGCAUCAUCGCUGACAGGCAAGGCAAGACGGCCGAAGAUUUCGACAAGCGACACAUCUAUGAGGCUCUCAAGGACUGGAAGACCUAUGGAUACAUGGCCAUCUAUAUGGGCUGUCUUGUUCCACUCUACGCCUUCUCUCUCUUCCUCCCUACAAUCCUUCGAGGGAUGGGAUACGUGGGAACUCGAGCCCAGCUGCUGAGCGUUCCCCCGUACGCGGCUGCUGCGACAAUGACAAUUUCCAUCGGCCUUCUUGCUGACAAGACCCGCUGGCGCGGAUACCUCAAUAUGGUCACAGUUAUUGUAGGCAUUGGCGGCUUUCUCAUGCUCAUCGCCACCUCCAAUCCAAAGAUCCAAUAUGCUGGAACUUUCCUCGGAGCCAUCGGCAUCUACCCCACCAUUCCCAACACCCUAUCAUGGCUCAUCAACAACACCGAAGGAUCGCUGAAGCGUGCCGUCGUCCUUGGCAUGGUGGUCGGAUGGGGCAACCUGAACGGCGUGGUGUCCUCCAACAUCUACUUGGUUAAGGAAGCUCCUCGGUUCUGGUCCGGUCAUGGUGUCGUUCUUGGAUACCAGGCAGUUUUCCUCCUCGGAGGGUCUGUUUUUAUGCACUUUGCUCUGGCAAGGCAGAACAAGGUUCGAAGAGAGGGUAGGAUGAAUGAGAAAUGGGAUGCCAUGACUGAGGAGCAGAGAUGGGUUGCUGGUGACAAGCGUCCCGAUUUCAUUUACACGAUUUAG